CCGGACAACUUCAACUUGAUCGAAAAUUGAAACAUUUUUCAAUAUUUAUAUUUAUUAAACGAUGUGCAUUUAAAAAAAUUGUUGGAAAUGGCAGAUAACACUCUUUUGUAUAGUAAACUGAAAGAGUUUAGUAAAAUCAACGAACAGUUUUCUGUUAGUUUUAAGAUUAUAAACUCUAGAAAAAACUUGAGCGGAGAAGAGAGAAGUCACAGCCUUCUAGAUUACAUUGCCAGAGAGAUUUUCACUGUACCACAGUAUUUUUUAUCAGUUACUGAAACUUUUAGAAGUGAAUUACCUCUACUUGUAGUAAAAGCACUACAUUUUGAUGAAAAAUGCCCGUUUAAUUUUCCCAGGCAUGUUAUUAACAGUAUUUUGUUAUCGAAAAUAGUCCAGAUUAGGCCGGACAUUAUAAGUCAUGUACUGCAAUAUUUUGAAAGUUACCCUUCACCUUUCGAUGAAGACACUAAAUGGUCUUCUAAAAGGACAAAAUUGAGCCCUACAGAAAAUUUAAUAAGGGAUAUAGACAUUGUGAAGGCAUGUUAUUACUUGUUGAGAUGUGAUCCUAAAUUUUUUAGACAAAAAUGGAUGUGGAGUAUUUUUCUGAAACGAUAUUUGUUCCACAAAGAUUAUGAAGUCUCAUGGCUUGCUCAUCAUGUAAUGGGAAUAGUUUUGGGUAUGAAUGAAACCACAUUGCAAAGUAUUAUACUUAAAAACAUACCGGAAGAAUGUAACGUCAAAUUUACAGUUGAAUUUAAUUCAAAAUCUAAUUCAACGCAAUCUUCUAAUGACAUUCCAACAUUAAAUCAACAACCAAUAAUUCACAAAAGCCCAAACACACCGAAAGAUGUGGUAAAUGUAGCCGGGGUCUAUAUAUCUGCUUCAAACCGACCGAAAAAGGACUUACUACUCGAAGUUUCAUCGACUUUAAAUAAUUUAAGAAAAAUUGCUGUUGGAUUGUCUUCAAAUAAAGCGCUGUGCCUCCAAGGGCCGGUGGGUUCAGGUAAAACAGCCCUAAUUGAACAUCUGGCUGCUAAAACGGGGAAGAAAUUGGGUGAAGACUUCAUAAAAAUUCAGUUGGGUGAUCAAACCGACAGUAAAAUGUUACUUGGGACUUACCGAUGUACAGAUAUACCAGGAGAGUUUCUUUGGCAGCCUGGAGUUUUAACACAGGCUGUUAUAGAUGGUAGCUGGUUACUCAUGGAAGACAUAGACCUAGCUAACAUGGACAUAGCCUCAGUUCUUACAUCUCUCUUAGAAAAUAGCGCCCUAUCAGUACCAGGAUACAGAGAUUUAGUACCAGUAAAACCAGGCUUUAAACUAAUAGUAACCCAAAGGCUUAUCCCUACAUUGACAGGCUACCACAAAAAACAUUCAGGCCCUCUAAGCCUUCUAGAUAAACAGCUUUUACAAAUUUUUAUCGACCCACUAACUAGCGACGAAUUAAAAUAUAUUUUACACGCACAUUACCCGAAAUUUGACACUAUUUCUGACAGACUGAUAAACGUUUUUAAGUUAUUUUCAUCGGAGAGUAUUAAUAUUUUACCCACUAAAAAAAGUGGAAGGUUGAUUUCAACAAGGGAUUUUUUUAAAUGGUGUUCGAGAGCGAUCAUUGAUUACGAUGUAAAAAGCCAGGAAAGUGCGCUAAAAAUUCUACAAGACGCUAUGGACGUUUUUUGCUGUUGGAUACCCGACGAAAAACUGUCUUUAAACCUUUCAAAAGAAAUUAGUGCUCAUUUGGGGAUAGUUGAACAGAAAGCAGAGUAUUUUUAUAAAAAUUACAAACCCACAAUGCAACUGAGCUCAAACAGUUUGACAGCCGGAAGAGCCUCACUGUCCAGAGACCACACAAUGUACAGUAGAAAAGAUAGGUUAUGUUUUACCCGACCUGCUUCUGUGAUGUUAGAAAGAAUAAUGUGCUGUGUUAAACUAAAAGAGCCAGUAUUGCUUGUUGGUGAAACAGGUACUGGAAAAACCUCUUCAGUGCAGUUUUUGGCAAGUUCCUUAGGAAAAAAACUGGUAGUUAUCAAUAUGAACCAGCAAUCUGAUUCUGCUGACUUACUAGGGGGUUUUAAACCUGUUGAUUUAAAACUUAUUAUUACACCUAUCAAAAACGAAUUCUAUGAGCUUUUUUCCGACUUUUUUAAAAUCGAACCCAACAAACUGUACCUGAGUAAAAUCGAUUUUGCUUUCAAUAAUCAGAGGUUUAAGGAAUUGGUUAGGUUGAUGCAGACCAGUACUGUAGCGGCUGUAAGACGUCUCAAUGAGAAAAUGAAGGAGAGUUUAGAUGAGGGGAGGUUGGAUAAAGAAAAAGAGCUGUUGAAUAGGUGGGAGAAUGUGAGGGAUAAGUUGAGGAAGCUGGAGAUUCAGGUGAAGCAAGCUAACGCUCUGUCUUUUGCUUUCAUUGAGGGGAGUUUGGUGAAAGCUGUCCAGGAAGGGUCUUGGGUUUUGUUGGAUGAGAUCAAUUUGGCCAAUGCGGAGACUUUGGAGUGUCUUUCAGGUCUUUUGGAGGGAAAUGAAGGUUCCUUAUGCCUCGUUGAACGAGGCGAUAAAAAACCGAUUCAAAGACACCCAAAUUUCACAUUAUUCGCUUGUAUGAACCCAGCUACUAACGUCGGUAAAAAAGACCUACCCAUGGGACUUCGCAACAGGUUUACAGAGUUCUACGUGGACGAAUUGACAGAAAAAUCAGAUUUAAUGCUCCUGGUUAACAGUUACCUUCAAGCACUGGCCUUGAAAGAAAACGAAAUAUCUAGGAUAGUCCAGUUUUAUUUGCAUAUAAGGGCUGAGAUGCAGACGACCCUUUGUGACGGUCUAGGACACAAACCUCAUUUUUCACUCAGAUCAUUAUGCAGGGCUUUGAUCAUAGCUUCGAAAAAUCCUUGUGGGAAUUUUAAAAGAAGCUUGUAUGAGGCUUUUUGUUUGAGUUUUUUGACUCAACUCGACUCAGACUCAUACAGAACAGUUGAAACAAUGAUUGCCAAGUAUAUGAUUGGUGAUUUUAAAGCCUUGAAGGCUGUUUUAAGACAACCUAUACCCGAGCCUGUUGAAAAAGGUUCUAAAUAUUUGCAAUUUGAAGGUUAUUGGAUCAAAAAAGGUUGUCUAGAGGCCAAUGUUCCUGACGACUAUAUUUUGACAGAAUCUGUCAGGAAGAAUUUAAAGGAUUUGGCUAGGAUUGUGUCUAUUGGAAAAUUGCCUGUGCUUUUGCAGGGCGACACGUCCGUAGGCAAAACCAGUCUAAUCAUGUACCUGGCCAAAUCCAGCGGCAACAAGUGCGUCAGAAUCAACAACCACGAACACACGGACCUGCAAGAAUACAUCGGCUCCUACGUUGCCAAUUCUACCGGCAAAUUGGUCUUCAGAGAGGGCGUGCUAGUCGAGGCCAUGAGAAAAGGCCACUGGAUCAUACUCGACGAGCUGAAUCUAGCUCCGACAGACGUCCUGGAAGCCCUCAACAGGGUCCUGGACGAUAAUAGGGAAUUGUUCAUUCCCGAAACGCAGGAAACUGUAAAGGCCGAUGAGAAUUUUAUGCUGUUCGCUACCCAGAACCCUCCAGGGACUUACGGUGGAAGGAAGACGUUGUCUAGGGCUUUCAGGAAUAGAUUUGUGGAGUUGCAUUUCAAUGAGAUACCGCCCACUGAAUUGGAGGUUAUAUUGCAUAAAAGAUGUGCUAUGCCGCCUAGUUAUGCCAAGAGGAUGAUCAGUGUUAUGACUGAUUUACAGGUUCGAAGACGUACAUCGGCUGCUUUUGCCGGCAAACAGGGUUUUAUCACGUUGAGAGACCUCUUUCGAUGGGGUGAAAGAUACAGGUUGGCCCAAAAUACCGAUAAACUACACGAUUGGAACCAGCACCUUACUGACGAAGGGUACCUAGUUCUGGCUGGGAAAGUUAGAAAAGAUGACGAAAAAAAUGAAAUUGUAGCGGCCUUACAGAAACACUGGCAAAGAAAAGUUGUUAUUGACAAUUUGUUUACAUUACACGAACAUACAUCUUCUGUAACAAAACACGUUCUUCGAAAGCUAGAAACCAACAGCAUCAAAUAUCCCCACAUAGUCUGGACGCUAAACAUGCGAAAAUUGGCCGUCCUGGUAGCCAAAGCUAUAGAAUUCAACGAACCAGUUUUACUAAUCGGCGAAACGGGAGGUGGAAAAACGACGAUAUGUCAGUUGAUAGCCGAAAAUAACGGGCAGGAACUUGUCUCUAUCAACUGUCACAUGAACACGGAAAGCAGCGAUUUCAUUGGCGGUUUGAGACCUGUCAGGGAACAUUCUCAAGAGAAUCGUCUUUUUGAAUGGAUAGAUGGUCCACUGAUUAACGCCAUGAGACAAGGAAGUGUAUUUUUGGCUGAUGAAAUUUCUCUUGCCGAUGACAGUGUAUUGGAAAGGCUAAAUUCUUUAUUAGAACCCGAAAGAACAUUAUUGUUGGCCGAAAAAGGCAUCGAUAUCAACAAUUUCAACAACUCAGAAUCGAUAACGGCUCAUCCAAGCUUUUGUUUCAUCGGUACAAUGAACCCGGGCGGAGAUUUCGGUAAAAAAGAACUGUCGCCAGCCUUGAGGAACAGGUUCACAGAAAUAUGGUGCGAUUCCCAUAAUAGUGAUGAAGAUUUAAAGAAAAUCAUCGAAAAAAAUUUGGAUCUUCAAGAUCAAUUCGAUUUUGGUUCAAAAAUAACCCGUUUUAUUGAGUGGUUCAGAGGAACCGAGAUUGGAAAAAGAUACACGGUGAGCAUAAGAGACAUUCUGACGUGGGUGAAUUUUAUAAACACAGUGUCCCAAAAAAUCAGUCCUUUAGAGGCGUACUUCCACGGUGCCUACCUGGUUUUUCUUGACAGUUUAGGCUCGGGCACUACAAGCACCGAAUCUUUGAACGUGCUUCAAAAAUUCAAACAGAAAUGCGGUGAAUUUUUAAAAAAACAAAUUGAAUCUAACAAAAAUAGAAUAUUGCCAGAAAACCAUGAAAUUACAUUGAGCGAUACGGAGUUUGGUAUAAAACCAUUUUGUAUUGGUUUGGGUGGUGAAAAAAUACAAAUGGAGGAAUUUUCCUUUGACGCACCCACUACAAUGGAGAAUACUUUGAGUCUUCUAAGGGGAAUGCAACUGAAUAAGGCCAUAUUGCUUGAGGGUAGUCCAGGAGUGGGUAAAACGAGCUUGGUAACAGCCCUGGCUAAAUAUACACGUCAUAAAAUAUUCCGGAUAAAUCUGUCAGAUCAAACAGAUGUUUCUGAUUUGUUUGGAGCCGAUUUGCCGGUAGAGGGAGGCACGGGAGGUCAAUUUUCUUGGAGGGACGGUCCUUUCUUACAGGCGUUAAAAGAAGGUUGUUGGAUAUUGUUGGACGAACUUAACCUAGCUUCUCAGUCAGUUUUGGAAGGUUUAAACGCUUGUUUGGACCAUAGAGGGGAAAUAUUUAUUCCCGAGUUGGGAAAAACCUUCCAUGUGAAAACAGGAACUCGAUUUUUUGCCUGCCAAAAUCCGGUAAAACAAGGUGGGUCAAGACGAGGCUUGCCCAAGUCAUUUUUAAAUAGGUUUAUUCAAGUAUACGUCACACCAUUUAGCUCCAAAGACAUGGAAAUUAUCCUAACCAAACAAUUCCCUAACAUUCCCAAGAAUAUAAUCCAAAAAAUGAUUGAGUUCAACUACAAACUUUCUGGCGAAUUAAGCAAAUAUUCUUUCGGUACAAAAGGAGCACCGUGGGAAUGUAAUUUAAGAGACUUAACCAGAUGGUGCGAAGCGAUUUUGUACCAUUACAAUCAUAAUAGUACUUCAAAUACAAAGUACUUCAGUCCGGAAAGUACAAUCCAGUUGAUAUACAUCGACAGAAUGAGGUCUGAAUCAGACAAAACGAGAGUUCGUGAAAUUUUUGUUGAAGUUUUUGGUUGUGACAUUAAAGGAUCCCAACCUGUCAGUUAUGUCAACAGGGGAAGGGUGUAUUUCGGUGACAGCAGCAUUGACAGGUCUAAAACUGGUCCUAAUGAGCACGUGCUUGAAGAUAGGGAAUAUUUGAUUCUGAGAAAUCAGCUGGGUGUGUUGAGAAGUCUCAGUUACUGUGUCAAUCAAAAUUGGCUAGCCAUUUUGGUGGGAAGUUCAGGCGUCGGAAAAAGCAGUGUGGUGAAGACUUUAGCGAAUUUAGCAGGGAAAACUUUGAGGACACUGCCUGUGACGUCAGCGAUGGAUACUACAGACAUUUUGGGCGGUUUUGAACAGACAAAUUACAGCAGGCACUUGGAAGAGAUAGCCAGGGAAGCUCAAAAGCAAACAUUGGCAGCUGUUCAACACCUUCUAAUUGAUGAAAAAGUCACAAAAGCUUCGCAAUUACUCGAAUUUUGGGAAGAAUACUUGUCAAUUAAUGAAUCUAAGACAAAUACCAUGGACGAAGAAGUUCAGUUCUUCUUGAACAAAACUACCAAACUGGAGAAACUACUGAAAGAAUUAUAUAUGAAGUGCAACAGUUCUAGUGAGGGAGCUGAUAUUCUACAGUUACUGGAAAGGUGUACUAAAAUAUUCAACACUGUGAACAAUGACAAGUCUCUUAGUGCAGGUGGAAGAUUUGAAUGGGUCAACUCAAUUUUAGUCAAGUGUUUGCAAGAAGGCGAUUGGCUGCUCGUUGAUAACGUAAACCUAUGCAGUGCGGCUGUUCUGGACAGACUGAAUUCUCUGUUAGAGCCCAGAGGCGUACUAACGGUUUCGGAAAGGGGCACAGACGAUAAUGGGUCCUUGUACGAGGUCAGGCCUCACAAGGAUUUCAGGAUAUUUUUCACUAUGGACCCGAAAAAUGGAGAAAUUUCCAGAGCUAUGAGAAACAGAGGCGUAGAAAUAUACAUGCUGCAAGACUUUGAACCCACCGACAAUCUGAAUAAUUUUGACCUAAAAAGUCUGAUUCAUCACGAAGGACUUACCAACCCUAAACAUCUAAGCUUUCUGAUAAAAAUCCACGAAUUCAUUUCAACUCUGAUUCUAAGCGACAAACCAACUCACUUAGAUAUUCUACGUUGUUCCUCAUUGAUCUCCAGCCAAAUAUCACAAGGCAUAUCUUUAACAGAAGCAUUUUGCAGUACUUGCAUCGAAAUAUACUACAAGACACGCUCAAGUUCAGAAUUUAAUUGUAACAACGUUUUGGAGGUUAUUCAGGAGAGUAUAAAUCGAUGUUUGAACGAAAAUCUUGAUAACCAAGACGAUUUAUUUAGUGAAAAUGUCACUAUGAGCACUAAAAAUCUUCCUAGAUGGUCAGAGUAUGAGAAAACAAAGCACGAAGUUUCUUUGUGCGUUAAAACCUUGGAAGGAUUCGAUAAAAACACUAAAAAUGCUGUAAAGAACAUGAAAACUCGUACUGAAACCAAGACUAGUUAUAUACUAGGCAAUACAAAGAUUUUAAGUAAAAAAGAUCAAUUAAAAAGUGCCAAAGACCUUUCUAUUUGGUCAGACCUCGAAAACACCAAGCUCCACAAUCAGAUUUUUGAAGAAAUUAACUUUUAUAAAGUCACAAACCUUCUAGUUUCGAGUUUUACACUGACCGGUAAAGAUAACAUAGACUACAAGACGCUGUAUUUGAAGAACUUGAUAUCUCAACAAGAAUGGCACAGUAUUUUCGAAAGGUUUUCGAAAAUUUCAAAGUUUUUUGACGACAAAAUCGGUGCUUUACCGCUGGAUUCUCGAUGGAUCAACACAGAUCUUCAGAUAAACGAGAACAGUAUCUUUGAAGCAGUAAACUAUUCUUUUCAAGUUGAAAUUCACAAACUUAGAGACAGUUUUGAGUUAAAACACUCAGGAAAAAACUCAAUAUAUCAGUAUUUGGUAGCGUCAAAAAAGAAGACAGUUCCUGACAUAUUCAAGAACGCCAUCUGUACGAACUAUCUGACUUUACGUCAAGAGUUCCUGGUUUAUAUGCGUCAACUUUUUGUCGGUUUUAUCAACAACAGCCAAUCUGAAGAAACCUUUAUAAAAAUCCUGGAAUUAUUAACUUGGAGACAAGCCCUACAUACAUUUUUAACCUGUACUGGUAUUCCAGAGUCUGGAAUUAAAGAUCCUAGGUCACUAUCUGGCAAAAUGGAUUCUUUAAAUUUGUACUACAGGUGGUUUUACAAGUAUUCUGUCAAAGAAGUGUCAAACUCGUUAGGGAUGUCUGUUACAGAUACUUUAAACGAUAUUUUUUCGGUUAUUAAUGAAGAGAUUGAUCAAAAUUUCACAGUGUGUCACAAAAUAUCGAGAAACUUUAAGAAAUUCAACGAUAUUCCUGAUUGUUUGAAACACGAAUGGCAAUUGACAGCCAUACAGAUUCUUGACAGUUAUACUGAUUCUGAUCAUGUAAAUAUUCUAAGUUAUUUUAUAAAUAAUAACAGCCAAAGAGAGGAAUUGAUGAAACUUAAAAAAGAAGUUUAUUUAGGUGAAGAAAAAUCGGAUUUAACUAAUUUAAAAGCGUUCGAUGUAAAGGAAAAAUCUGUUUUAAAUUUAUACGAAAUGCAAAUGAUUCCAUUAGCGGACUGUCUAGUACAAAUAGCCUUGCUGAGAGUGAUUCAGGGUGAUAGUUUCCAGUGUAAUAACGUCUUAGUGCCAAUCGAUUUGAAUGCACUUUUGCUUAUUUAUAAUGAAACUGGCGAUAGAAGGCUGAUUCACGAAGUAAGGAGGAGUUUUUACAGCAACGCCUUGCAGUCAGCUUCAGUGAAGUACGGGAAGUUUUUUAAUGAGGAUGAAGCAAAAAAUGUGUUUCUUUCAGUGGCUGGAAUUUGUCCAACGCUUUUAUAUCUACAUAACAAAUUAUUUGUCAGAUUGAAUGAAGAUCCUGUUACGUUGUAUAACUACAAAGAUGUUCAGUAUCAGCGUAGAUACUUUAGUUGUCUCAUUUGGAAAAAUAUAUAUGGUUUUUCGGAUGUUCAGAAUGAUUUUGUGUCCUUACAACAACAGUUACUUCAAGAUGCCACCAGAAGCUUUUUUCACAAAUUAAAACAUGCAUUAAGUAUAAAUACACAUGAACAAAAUAUUACAGAAAUCAUAUCACAGAUUUCUGACAAAAAUCUUCAAGAACACUCGAGACAAAUAUCAAAUACAUAUAAUCAACUGACUCCGGAUGAAUCAGAUGACGUGAACAUAUGUCAUAUUGCUGAUUUACAUGUCCUACUUGGAUUUACUGAAGCCUACCUCAAUUCAAUGCUACCAAAUGUAGACCCUGUAGCGAAAAAAGCAAUGAAGAAGAAUCAUAUACAUUCCAUUAUUAAUAUGCUAAACCAAAUGGGUCAGAGUUUCGAACUGCAAAACUCCCUCAUCAGCAACUAUAAAGAGUGUAUUCAUCCAUACUACAAAGCUAUAAAAAACCGUGUCAAAGAAUUAGAACAGAAAUGCGAAAAAUAUGGUGAAAAUGUCACUUCUGGUGUUAAACUCUAUCCUUACAGUUAUGUUAUACAACAAAUAAAACAUGCCUUCAACAGUGUUAUAAAUGAAAAACUACUAAAAGCUAUUCUAGAAACAAACUCGUUGGUAAAUCAACUUCAAAAACUUUCUUCCAUGGACAAAAACCUCAUUGUACAAACGAAUAACCACGUAGAGCGACUCCAAACGUAUUUGCCAAGUUUAGAACGAAUUUUUCACGAACUGAAAAUGUACAGAACUUCGUACCCCGAUAUACUUGAACCUCUAUUGGCUAAUAUAGCUCAAUUGAGGUAUGGGUUCAAUUUGAAAUUAUAUUAUGUCAAAAGGGAGUUGGUAAAGUACCAGCAUAGAGUUCAGUCUAAUAUAGAUCUUGAAAAGGAACUUGUUGAAUUAUUGGAAGUACCAUGUUUGAAUGAAAAAAUAAAGAAUUUUGAUGAAUAUAUUGAUAGUUAUAGUAAUGGAAAAAUUAAUAGUUCCCUGGAUUAUAUUUUAAACCAUACAGAAUCCUUUAUAAGAGAAAAAGAAAAAUUAAGGUUAUUAUUGUGUGGUAUUCAGGAAUAUUACAAUUUAAAUAUAAUAAAAGCAAAAAAUAGUGGUGUUUUGGAUAAGGAAUCUGUGAAUAAAUUUAAUGAAUUAAUAAGAGUUUUUAUUAAUUUGUGGAAUAGACAGCAAGAGAAAGAAGAAAAAGAACAAAAUGAAGCUGAGAAUAUUUACAAAAUAAGAACAAAAUGCGAGGAUAAAUCUGAAGAAGAACAAAUCGAUGAAGAAUUAAACGACAUUUUCAAGAACUAUCAUUCUCUGGACUUUGCCGAUUUACAAACAAAACCUCUAGAAGAAGAUUCGACGAACAAAAAUAUCGAAAAUGUAAAUAUAGACUCCAAAAUAAUAACAGAAAAUGACAUUCAGUUCGUUAUCAAUCUUCAUUCUAUGCUGUUAAACGAUUUUGUUGAAACUGAAUGGAUAAAUGUUGAAUUGAAACAAACACCUUUACCUAAUUUGUUGAUGCCAUUAACUGUGAAGUUCAAACUAGCCAGAUUGAUCACUGAUUCUUACUCGUCUAGCUUCAAGUAUACCACAGAUUCGAGUUUAGUCAGUAGUUUGAGUGUAUUAGUGGAAAGUUCUGGAUCUGAUAGGUCACAAGGCGUAGGAAACUUAUCAACAAAAGCUAUUUCCGGAGAUUUCUACAGAGAUUCAAACGUUGAGGAAGUUAAAGGGUGUCACCACGUUUUGAUUGAACUAAAAGAAAAAAUAAAUGAACUUUUAGUGGACUGGCCUGAUCAACCGACUCUGAACACUAUUCUAACUGUGAUUGACAGAAUUCUCCAUUUCGAUAUAUCCAGUCCCAUAUCCAGAUUCCUCACGGGUUUUGACAUUUUGCUGGAAAAAUGUCACGAAUGGGAACAAGUAGCGCACUCUGGCGUCAGCCUGAUACACUUUUCACCGAACUUAGUUCAACAAAUCAUCGGUUGGAGAAAAACUGAACUAAACAGAUGGAAAGACUUGUUAAACAGCACAUUUGAAGAUAUGAAAAAGCCUUUAAAAAAGUGGUGGAUCUACGUGUAUAACUUGAUGAACCAAUACGUGCUUGAAGAGAAGGUUUCCGAGUCAGAACUCGUUGACAUACUACAAAAAUUCAUCACAAAAUCGACCUUAGUUGAAUUUGAAGGUCGCCUGAGUAUUCUCUACACUUUUCAUCUGCACGCUGUAUAUCUAACCAAAACAAAAUAUACCGAGUCUUUCAUAAAUAUCCUUUGGAACGUUUACAAUUAUUAUAAGCAGUUUUCGAGCACAAUACUUCAGAAAAUCAAGGAUCUUAGAACUCCGAUUGAGAAGAAAUUAAAGGAUUACGUCAAAAUUGUCAAAUGGAAAGAUGUCAGUUACUGGUCUAUAAAAGAAACAGUGGAUAAGAGUCAUAAAACUCUGCAUAAGUUUGUCAGAGAAUACAAGGAAGUGUUACUACAGCCAGUAGUGUCAUAUUUAUGCAACCCAACUUCCACAGACAUCUCAAUGGAGACUGUGGGAAUUUGGGACAGACCACAAAGACAAAAUCCCAAAUCGUACCAUUACACAUUGGAUGCCGAUUCUUAUUUGAUCAAAUCCCCCGGCAAGGACAUUCCAUAUGUUACAACAGCACGAAAAAUAUCUAAAGAAACUAUAUUGGCUACUGAAUACCCCGAAUUGGUUAAAUCGUUGGACGGCUUUGUGACAGAUGUCAUAGAAACCAGUUCGCAUCUUAGGAAUUUAGAGGUUGACAGCACUUUGCCUAAAGAAAAACAAGUAUCCCAGGCAAAAAGUAUUUUACAACAAAAACACAGAGCUCUAACAGAACUCUUCCAAAAUCUGUCUAAAAUGGGACUGUCUUAUAAGAGAGGUAUCUUAAAUACUAAACUAAAGAAAUCUACAGAGUGUUUUACGAUUAAACCCAUUAAUUUGUCGGCUAGUUUCGCACAUUUAGUACAUAAUAGACUGGAUGAGAAAAUACUAACUAUUUGGGAUUCUUGUGAGUUGUAUUACUACAAAUGUCUUACGAGAUAUGAUCUUUUGGAAAUGGCUUUGGUUAAUCCAGCUAAAGAUUUAGGGAUGCAGAACAUAGAAAGAUGUCGUGGAUUUGCAGCAGAAUUUUUGACAUAUUGCCAAGAACAGAAAGAAGGCUUGAUCAAAACAACCAGAUCAUACUAUUAUCUACGAAAUUACAGUAAAAAACUACACGAAAUCUGUCAAAAUCCGGAUUAUGUUCCUGUCGAAAGUAUUACAAGAAUUAAAAAUACUUUAGAUUCACUUACAGUCGUUAUAAGUCAAAUAAAAUUGGUUUUAAACUCUUGCCCUACAGAAGAAACUUUAGAUCAUCAAAUUAUCGAAAUACCAGUGCUUCAAACGAAAUUCAGAAAGAUUCAGUAUAAAAACGAUGAUUUUUGGAUCAAAUCAAUGAAAAAUAUUGAUGAUAUUAAUUCUGCUGUAUCCAAGAUAGCGAAUCAUUUACAAAAAAUCGAAUCUUACAUACCUAGCACUGAUUGUUCUGUCAUUAACUUGAAAUACCUCCCUCACAACAACAGAACUCAACUUAUUCAACACUUAGGUCAACUAAAUAAUUCAUUAAUUGAUUUAAAGGAGCAACUUUAUCCUGUUAAGAUCACCAGGAGCUUAGAUUGGAUAAUUGAAUUAUUAGCCCAAAUUAUAGAAGAAAAUAACUCAGAAAAUGCUAUUGAAGAAUCAGAAAUAUCUUAUGAAACUCAGAUAAAGAACUUUACAGACAGUAUUCUUAUAUCUCUCCAAAAUCUUUACAAAAAAUAUCGUGAUUUACCCAAGAAACCUGAAGAAAAUUUAGAAAACGACGAAGAAGAAAAUAUUAAGGAAAACCAUCUGAAGGUGUUGAUAGCUAAAAAUCUUUCACAAGAUGUGGAUAUGUUGGAUUUGAAGAAAAUAUUGUUAGAAUCUGAAGAAAUGGUAAAGUUUCUUCUAGGUGGCUUUAAAUAUGCUUCAGAGCAAACUAGAUCAAGCAUUUCACAUUGUAUACCUUUGCUUGAUCAAGUAUUACAGCUUUCACAGUAUUUUAUCACUCAACAAGUGUGUACUUAUCGCACUACUUGUAAGUUGACUUCUGUGGUGCUCAGUAUUUUCAACGAUCUGGCUUCUAAGGGCUUCUGUGUUCCUCCAGACCUUGAAGGCGAAAUGGACAAAGAAGGCGUGAGCAAACCAUCUGACGGGUUAGGUUUAGGGGAAGGACAGGGAGAGCGUGACGUUUCUGACAGGAUAGAGUCUGAGGAUCAGCUGGAUGACGCUCAACCUGCCGGUCAAGAAAAGGAAACCAGCGAAGAUCCCGAUUGUAAAGAGGAAGACAAAGGAAUAGAGAUGAGCGAAGAUUUUGACAGCAAAUUACAGGAUAAAAAACAAGAUGACGAGGACAACGAUGAUGAGAGUGACAAUUCAGACGCAGAAGAACAAAUGGGUGAGACAGAAAAAGGAGCUGAUGGCGUGGACCAAGAAAUUUGGGGAGAUAAAGACGAAAACCAAGAAGAAGAUUCGGAAGAACAGAAAGAAGAUGAUGGCAAAGGUGGCGAAAAAGAUGGCGAAGACCAGCUUGGAGCUAAAGACGAAGAAACCAAAGACAAAUCUAAACAGGACAAAGAAAAAUCUAAGGAACAAAAUAACGAGGCAGAAAAUCCGAAGGAAGAAAUCAACGAAAUGAAGGAACCUGAGUAUAAUGACGAACAAAUUGAUCCUUACCAUGGAAAUCAGCCUGAAUUGCCUGAACCUGAGGCUAUGGACUUGCCUGACGAUCUUCAGCUAGAUGAAGGUGAAGAACAAGAUGGCGAAAAACCUGAAGACAACCCAUUUGAUAUCGAUGAAAUGAAGGAACUUAACGAAGAUCAAUUGGACAAACCCACUGAAGUACCUCAAAAUGAUAAGCAAAAUGACGAAGUUGAAGAAUUUAGCAGUGAUGAUGAAGACGGGCCAAAUAAAAAUGAAGAUAACUUGGAACAAGGACCUGAAGAGGAUAAAGAAAAUGAAGAAGCUACUAACGAUGAAGAAAAAGACCGUAAUGAUGUUUCUGAAGCUCUAGAAAAUGAAGAUGAUGAAGAUAACAAGGUUGAAAAUGAAGAGAGUGGUUUAGAUGAAAACGUUACUAAUCAGGAGAAUGUGGAAGCAAUGGAAGUUGAUGAUGCUCCUGCAACUGAUAAGACUCAAGCUACUAACUCAGAAAAUAUCAAGUCGAAUGAGCCGAUAGACGAACUGUGCCAAGAAGAUAAACCAGAUAAAGAAGGAGUGGGGCAGUCACAAAUGGAAGAAAAUGAAACAGGACACUCUGUACAAACCACGGCUCCGCAACAAGUUCAAGGUGCUGGAUCUGAGGAUGAAGUCAAACAGAAGAAAGAAAAACCAGGAAUAUCCGAUUCAAAACGCAGUCUAGGUGAUGUAACCCAGCCUGUUCAAAAGAAACUGAAGACAAUAGAUACCCAAAGUAAUUCGACAAACAAAGAUGAGAUGGAAGACAACACAGCAGAGAUGUAUGAACACAUAGAAAAUGCUACAGAAAAAAGUACAACACAGGUACUGGACGCAGCAACAAAAGAGCAGGCUGAAGAACAAAACAAAGCUAUAGAACACGGUGAAGAUCCCGAAGAACCAGAAGAAACUGAAGACACCUCUGAUCUUCCUAAAGAAGACGAGAAGAUGGAUACUGACCUCGCAGAAACACAGACAGAAGCCCCCAUGAAAACCGACAAUAACAAAGAAAAAAACAAAACCAAAAAACAACAUCCUGAAGGUGAAAUAAUGGAAGACCUCAAAGACAUAGAGAUCGAAGGCGAAAUUAUACAAACAUCUAUGGCUCCUAGAGGAAAUGAAUCGUUCCAUCACACCCAAUACGACUCUUUGAAAGAGAACUUUUACACUAAACUGACUCAAGAGGAAAUGAACGCUGUAAGAACUGAAGUAGAACAGCAGUUAUCUUCGUGGACUACAGCCCCUGUUUGCGCAGAAGCUGAACUAGCCUGGCAAAGAAUAUCCUCAGUUACAAACUCUUUAGCUCAAGAUCUCUCAGAACAAUUGAGGCUAGUUCUUGAACCAACCAAAGCUAGUCACUUGAAGGGUGACUUCAGGACUGGCAGAAGAAUAAACAUGAGAAAAAUAAUCCCUUACAUCGCUUCACAGUUCAGGAAAGAUAAAAUAUGGCUUAGAAGAACCAAACCUUCUAAAAGAGAGUACCAAAUAGUCUUGGCUAUAGAUGAUUCAUCAAGCAUGGCAGAUAACCAUUCUAAAGAACUUGCUUUUGAGAGCGUCGCCUUGAUAUCUAAGGCUCUAUCUCUCCUUGAGAGUGGCCAAUUAAGCGUUGUAGGUUUUGGUGAGCGCACAGAAGUUCAUCACAAGCUCACAGAUCCUUUUACUGAAACCAGCGGAGUGAAUUUACUUCAAAAGUUCCAAUUUGACCAGACCAAGACACUUAUAGGAAGACUAUUACACUUUGUUACUGAAAUGUUUGAACAAAGCACUGUUCAAACUUCAGUCCAAAACGCCAAACUUCUUCUGAUCGUGAGUGACGGAAGGGGAGUGUUUUCUGAGGGGGAGUCCUAUGUGACGCAGGCAGUUAGGAAAGCUAGGUUAAGUAACAUUUUUACCGUGUGCGUUAUAGUGGACAGUCCGGAGAAUCAGAAGUCUAUCUUCGAUAUAAGGUCGAGUAUUUUCAAGGAAGGGCAGUUUUGCGGGUUUAGGGACUAUAUGGAUGCGUUUCCUUUUCCGUUUUAUAUUAUUUUGAGAGAUAUUAACACGUUGCCUAGUGUUUUGAGUGACGCGUUGAUGCAGUGGUUCGAAAUGAUUACUUCACAAUAGUAAAAUUUGAACUGUUUUGUUAAUAUGUGCUCAAUGUUUUUUAUAUUCAUGCUGUAUUUUAAUGAUAAUGAUACAAAUGUUACGACAAAAAACAAUCUUUUUUUGCUUAGUAUUUUUACAAAAUUUAAUUAUUUUUUACUUUGUUUACUCUUGUGUAUAUCUUUAUAAAAGUUAAGUUAUUAAAUAAACGUUUUUUGAAA